AUGCUGGGGCUCAGCGCGGUGGUUGCCAUCGCCGCCUCCGGCGCGGCCAUAUUCGUUGUUUUUUCAACCGUCGCCAUCGUUGUCUGGGUUCGAUUUCGCAAAGAGCGCCAUGCACUGAGAGUUCUUCGUCUCAGCCAAGGACAAAAUACUCGCAGCAUCCAGACUUUCACGGGGGAUACAUUGACCGAACUAUCUCACCACGAAGGAACUGUGCUGCGAGCCCAUGGGCAGCUCCCAUAUGGUAAACCCUCAGAAUGGGGUCAACUAGAAUCUCGAGAGACUCUACUGCGGCCUAAGACUGGAUCUGAAUCAUCAUGGCCUCUAGUCGACAAGGCUCGGUCCUUGCGCAACUCUAUUCGCAGAACGCGGUCCAAGAGAUUCUCUAGAUCCUCCCACCACAAACGGAUGGCUUCGAUGGCCACGGUCAGUGAAAUAUCUCCCAGUCCUACGAGCAGUACAAGAGAAGAUAUUCCCCUAUCAGCCGUGGAAGGCAUCCUAGAAUUGCCAGCCGAACGGACACCACGCCAGACCCCAGAAAUCCCUCGGGAAGAAGAAGGCUUUCACCUGGGCAUGCGUCCAAUGUCUCCAGCCUCCGCUUGGCCACCCCCAGCUGCCGUUCAACGCGACCGCUCAGGGUUGUUCCCGGUCUUGGAGGAUGGGGUUUCGCAAGACCUGUUUGAUCCACCCCCGAGGAUCUUCGAGGAAUCACCUACGCGAAUGCGAGGUGGAAGUAUCGCGAGUCAGACGCCAGGAAUGGCGCCCGAGAAACCAAUUCCUCCCCCUCCAGCAGCAGCAUAUCCACCGGACCGUAUUAGCUACCUGCGGAAUGAUUCUGUAAUGCGACUGUCCUCAAUGAGCCUCGACACGACAAAUAGCUCCAUUCUGGACGACGGUCGGAAUGGGCUAAGAUCCAUUGAAACCGAUAUCACGUCGCCCAAUUUUCCAUCUGGCGGCACGUUUGUGCCCUACAGUGCCAAUGACGUCGGCGUCAAGAACGGCCGUCGAAGCUUCAUUGCUGCCAAUACUUCUGUACCUCCAAUGCACAACUUCCCCGUUCGGUCUUCUUCAACUGCGGAAGGCCGCAGGAAGGUGUCUGGAGGACAAAUGUCCCCCCGGCGAAGCAUGACUACAACAUCUCGCAACCCGAGCAAUGCUAGUAAUCGUUCCAGUGGCUUUCCUCGUCGAAGCGAAUCUUUAUCAUCCAAUCCGCCUCAGAGACAUGCUUCCUUACGCAGUGGCACUCCACUAGCACUAGGCGAUAGUCAAAACUUUCAUACCCAUAGUCGGCAAUCUUCCUCCGGCUCGCAGGUGGCCUAUAUGUCCCACUUUAGCCAGGUUCAACCACCGCCAAUGUACGAGCCUGAACAAAGGGAGAAUGACCCUUUUUACGGCGGUUCGCCUCAUUCCAAUGGAACCUUGUUUUCCAUUGGCUCCCCAGGGCCAUCUACCUCGUACGCACCGCAAAGCCCAAUGCAACGCUCCAGCCUGUCCCUCAAGGGAUCCCUUCCAUCUGCACUCAAAGGAGGCAAUUCGCAACGGAAAGGCCAUCGCCGCCAGAACUGUGUGCGUAUCUCGAUACAUCCACCAAUGACAUUUGGCAGUUCUACCUUCUCGCCCACAGUUGAAGAGGAGACAGAAGAUGUCGAUGCGAUGGAAGAAGUGGAUCUACGUGAGAGCGCCAUUAAUAGGACCAAUUCGCUGUCCUCCAAACCUGGCUCUAAUUCCAACACCACGUCACCUUUGCCAUUAUCAAAACGGGGUAGUCGGCGCACAAAACCCGCGAUCUCAGCCCCGAGCUCUCUUGGACCUCUCGCGGAAGAGCCGCAAUCGGCCUACAAUAGCGGUCCAUGUAAAAAGAGGAAGCACGCUCCUGCUGAUACGGCAAACAGCACCCCUCUUCUCAAUAAAGAUCAACAUUUACCCGGCCUUCUGACGUCAAUCCCUCCCACAGCAGAGGUCAACCUGUCUCAUACGCCAUCACCUGAGCGAACAAUGCCUGUUUGGUCAAUCUCCGAAGUCCCGUCCCCUGUCUACGACAACUCGCCUAGUAAUGGUAGUCCCCGACGGACAGCUGUUAAAGGGCCUCGUAGCCAGCCAGGCAAGCCUGUGCGCAGCAAUUCCACCCGCGUGGCUGAGCCCAAGCCGAUGGAGCCAUUGAGUAUGGAACUAUCCAAUGGUCUACCUUUUAUCACCGGGACUCAGGGUAGUGACUGGCGCAAGUCAACAGACUCACUACGCCGCACCUCGACAGAUGCCAGUCGAUCCUACAGGCGAACCGGCGACUCCCAGGGCUCCUUCGCGAGUGCCCUGGGGCCUGUGGUGUCUGCCAACUCCCCCAUAUACAGCACCAAGAGCUCUACUGUGCGCGACCGGGUCACAAUAUGGGAAGACGCCAACCGCAGCGCAUCACCGCCGAAGCUGCCUCAUGCUCGUCUGCAAGGGUACAACUUUCCAGAAACCGCCACAUCCCCAACAAAUGUCAAGAAUAGCAUUCCUCGGUCACUAUCGAAGAAUGGCACCCGCUCUCCCAUGCGCAUGUCUAGCCAACGAGGUCCUACCACGCCGACUACUGCUCGGCGCGGCAUGACAACUCCCACUGGAAAAGGCCUUGGAAUUGGCGUUGGAAUCACUACGCCGGCGAGUCUAUACGACGGCGAUGGUUUUCUGAGAGAAUAA